AUGGAUCCGGAGCCGCUGCGCCCAGCCAGUGGCGUGGAGCACCAGGACAGGCACUCCGCCGCGCGGGGGGGGGGGCGCGUGGGCCCCGAGCGCGAAGGUGGGCACGUCACCUGCGAAGUGAUGACGCUGUGCUGCAGAGUUAUCUCCCUCGGCUGUCGGCCGAUGAUGGAGAUCAAGAGCGACGACGUCUUCAGCGAGCUGCUCGUGUGCUCUACGAGGUUCUUGAAGGCGGGCACCGACGUGCUGGGCGACCCGUCCUUCGCGGACCUCGGGCAGAGGAUCUUGAACAGGGCCGCGCUCCACGAGGACGCCGUCGCUGUGCGCCUGCACCGCUUCGAGCACAGACUCGACAAGGUCCAGGCGGACGCGGCGGCCAACGGCGAGGCGGCGACGGAGUUCGCCCUGGAGGCCACCCGCCGCAUCGGCGCCCUCGAGGCCGAGCUCAGGGACCUCUCCGCGGGCGCCAUGGGCCUCCGCGCCGGCGGCGACGGGGACCGCCGCGGCCGGGCGCGGUGCUGGCCGACGUGCGCGCGUACGCGUGCAGCCUCGUGGCGCCGUGGCACCGCGAGGUGCUCGAAGCGCUGGAGGACGACUCCACGCUGCGGAUCGUGGCCGCUGAGGCGCGCUGUGCAGCCGCCGAGGCCGUGGCCGCGGAGGCCUCGGGGUCCGCGGGGGCGCUGA